GCGCCGCUCGGGCCGGCCGCCGCACGUGUGUCAGCAGGCCGCAUGAGCGCGCCGGCGUGCUAGCGCAGCGUGCGCGGGUGUGGUAUGCCCGCGCGUCGCCGCCAUGGCCCUUAUGUUGGCCUUGGCGCUGAUGGCUUUGCUGCCCGUGUCGGAGCAAGGUCCGCAUGAGAAGCGACUGCUGAAUUCGCUGCUCGCGUCCUACAACACGCUGGAGCGGCCGGUCGCGAACGAGAGCGAGCCUCUCGAGGUCAAGUUUGGACUCACGUUACAGCAGAUCAUUGACGUGGAUGAGAAAAAUCAAAUCCUGACCACGAACGUCUGGCUCAAUUUGGACGAGAAGAAUCAACUACUUAUAACCAAUAUAUGGCUGUCAUUGGAAUGGAAUGACUACAACCUCAGAUGGAAUGACAGCGAGUAUGGAGGUGUUAAGGACCUCCGGAUCACGCCAAACAAACUAUGGAAACCGGACGUGCUCAUGUAUAAUAGUGCUGACGAGGGUUUUGACGGGACCUACCAGACCAACGUGGUGGUCAGAAACAACGGCAGUUGCCUGUACGUGCCUCCUGGCAUUUUCAAGAGCACAUGCAAGAUAGACAUCACUUGGUUCCCCUUCGACGACCAACACUGUGACAUGAAGUUCGGUAGCUGGACUUACGAUGGCAACCAGCUGGAUCUCGUGCUAAAAGACGAGGCCGGAGGUGAUUUGUCAGACUUCAUCACGAAUGGGGAAUGGUAUUUAAUUGGAAUGCCUGGAAAAAAGAAUACCAUAACGUACGCAUGUUGCCCGGAGCCGUACGUCGACGUCACAUUUACCAUCAUGAUUAGGAGACGAACUCUUUACUACUUCUUCAACUUGAUAGUGCCAUGUGUUCUCAUCUCUUCUAUGGCGUUAUUGGGUUUCACACUACCUCCCGACUCGGGGGAGAAACUUACACUCGGAGUCACUAUUCUUCUCUCGCUGACGGUGUUCCUCAACCUGGUAGCCGAGACCCUGCCGCAGGUCUCCGACGCAAUCCCCUUGUUAGGAACAUAUUUCAACUGCAUCAUGUUCAUGGUGGCAUCGUCUGUGGUACUGACAGUGGUGGUAUUAAAUUACCACCAUCGAACAGCUGAUAUACAUGAGAUGCCACAAUGGAUAAAAACAGUGUUCCUCCAAUGGUUGCCGUGGAUACUGCGCAUGUCGAGGCCGGGGAAAAAGAUAACGCGUAAGACGAUCAUGAUGUCCAAUAGAAUGCGUGAAUUGGAGCUCAAGGAACGUUCAUCUAAGUCUCUGCUAGCCAAUGUGUUGGACAUUGAUGACGACUUUAGACAUGCCCCGCCACCGCCGAACAGCACGGCAUCUACAGGGAAUUUGGGGCCAGGGUGUUCAAUAUUUCGCACGGAUUUCCGUCGGUCAUUCGUGCGGCCGUCGACUAUGGAGGAUGUGGGAGGUGGGCUCGGGAGCCACCAUCGAGAGCUCCACCUGAUCCUCAGGGAGCUGCAGUUCAUCACAGCGCGGAUGAAGAAGGCCGACGAGGAGGCCGAGCUGAUCAGCGAUUGGAAAUUCGCUGCGAUGGUUGUUGACAGGUUUUGCCUGUUCGUGUUCACUCUAUUCACAAUUAUCGCAACGGUGGCCGUGCUGCUCUCGGCGCCGCAUAUCAUCGUGCAGUAAUCACCGGUACCGCCGGUGAGCCCGCCAGCGACCACUGGCCCCCAACUACGAGAGAACUAAUCUUAGACUUCGCCGAACGAUGUAAUUAUAAUUAUGUAUAAUACUAUAACUUAAUACGCGGUUGAAACGCACACGUCUCCAUUAACUAAGUCGAAAGACGGUAAAUAUAAAUACCAUAAUACGUUAAAUAGCGUAGUUAAGUCCAACAUAUUAUUAAACGAUUGUGAUGUUGACUAGAAUGUUAUACAGAUAAAUGUUGACGAGUAUAAUUUGUUAAAGAAUAUAAUUAUAUUUCUAAUUAAUACGGAUAAAGAGGUUAUUAAUAAAGUUUUCGUUAAAGGGACCGAUGAUAAGUGUUGCCCGGGUGUCGACAUUGACGCCCUACGGUUUACAUGAUGCGCUUCAAGCUUCAAAGAUCGCAAUGAAUUUCAAAUGGAAUAAAAUUUAUGGAAGCUUUUGGAAAGAUAUUUGAAAUAUAUUUUGUAUCAGUACGAAAUGGAAGGAUUCAUAGGAUAAAUGAAGAAGUCUUUUCCAUAAGGUAGAUUAUAUACAGAUUGGUAACUGUAUCCUUUAUAUUAACAAAUGAGGGAUCAUAGACGAUGACAUUACACUAGGGCAUUAAGUAACGUGUACAUAACAUAAAGGAUCAAAUAAUGGUAGAAUUGAAUCAAAGUAGCCUACUUUAGAUUAUGUUGUAAGAGAAUUGCGUCUAGAAACAGUGAGAAGUGUAAUAGGCAAACUUCAAAUUGAUUUCUUAAAGGUGUCCAUCAACAUCAGGAAUUUUCAGCAAUGGAAUUGAUAAAGGCAGUUAUUAAAAGAACCAAAGUAUUGGUAGAUUAGUGAGUAAACACGGAUAAAGAUGAAUUUAAAACAAUAAAGCAGUCUGAAAAAUAAAUAGUAAAUUAACAGUUCAAUAAUUGCAUGAUUUAAUAUUAAUGAGAAGCUAUGAUUUAAUAGAUAAUGUAGUUACAUAUAUUCGUUUUAGGAAUUACAUAGAAUCUAAUAACUACUUUGUUCAGUUCAUGUUUUUGCAAUGUUAAAUAGUAUUACUAUUAUUAUACACGCAAAUAAUAGAAAAAUAUAUUGGCUAUACGAUUAUGUUACACAUAGUAAAUAUACGAUGUCGCUACAAUAUCACUAAUCACCACUUAUCCAGUUAUUGUGUAAAUAUAUCGCGAUGUGUAUUUUGUACAUAAAACAUAGAAAAUGCGGAAAAAGACUAUAGUAAAAUAUCUCCACCGAUUAGGACGUCUGUUUGCAUGUCUUUUUGGGUGAUAUGAUCUCUCCAUAUACUGUACGCGAACGCGAAAUCUCCAAUAAAAGCUCAAAGAGACAUCAGGCGGCGCGGUGGACGAAUUUUUGCGAUGUUUCCCGUGGAAUCUUUAUUGAGUUACCCAGUCAAGUAUAAAAUGUCUUGUUUCGCCAUUCAAUCACUUGCGUUAUCUAUUAAAUAUUUAUGUAUUUUCUUUUCUUUAAGCGAUUUAUAUAAUGAUUCGGAAACAUUUAUGUUUCGAUAAGCAUUCGGUUGAGUGUUGUCUAUUUGUUAAGAACAAUGACUGUUCAUUUAUUGAUUGGCCGUUAUAAAAAGUCGUGCCACCGCGCCAUUUAGUUCCCUUAGUGAAUACCGUAGACGCUAUAUCGUAACAUAGGCAUAUUUUUUAAUGAGAAGUAACAAUUAAUUCACAUCUUUAUCUAUGUCCGUUCCUCAAUUUCGCUCUUAUAGAUGUCGUGAUAGACUAGUAUUUGUCGUGUCCCUUUAGGCUAUAAUUAACUUAACGUGUGUACAUUACGAACGCUCACUUUCUAGUGGUGUAACUAGUUAAUUACGCGUCUUUGUGUGUUAUUUCUAAUCAAUUCUCGAAUAUAGGCAUUUUGUUAAUUAUCAUCGAAGUGUUUGUGUGCGGUUGUAUGUGUGAAGUAAUUUUGUGUGCCGUUUUCUAAGAGAUCAAUUUAAUUACGUUAUAAUACACGAACGUUAUGUAUUUGAUUUGUUUCAAUGUAUGAAAUUGAUUUGUUUUAGAAAUUGGUGCACGCUACUGAUAAGAUUUCUCUUAGAUUUUACUAAUGGAGGUAGGGUGACAGAAUAAUAAUUGUAUAUGUAUGUUAUGGUCGUUUCAAAAAGAAUUUAUUAUGGUCCUGUUUUAUGCUGUGUGGUGCUCAAAUGAUAUCAAGAAGUAUAUAUAUAUAUUUUGGUCCUAUGUUUAAUUUUACUAUUAAAUCCUAUUGCAUGUAUUGUUACUUUAUAUUAUUAAAUAUUUUAAAAGAAACUUAUUAUAUUAUCAUUAUAUAUAAAAUAUACGUUUUCAUAUAUUACUGUAUGUAUAAUAACAUUGUGAAGGGAAAAUGUUGAUGGAGAGUAAUGAAAUUGUAAAAUUAAUUGAUAUAAUUAGAUUUGUUAGUGCCAAAGUAUAGGUUUAUAAAUAUCGACUUUAAGUUGGGUUAUAGGGUUAUAAAUAAAUGAUAAAGUUGAGAAUUUUAUUGUAAAAAUAAAACGAACUAGGGUGUUUCUUAACAUAUAACUUAACGUAAAUGUUGGCGCUACUGGACUGCAGAUGGACGCCAAUCAGCCAAUUUAAAGCUUAUUUUGUUAAAAAAAAAAUGAGAGGUUGUGACACGUUUGUAAGGCAUUCGUCUGUGGUCCGGUAGUAUAUAAAAUUAAA